GAGGUAGCCGGGCGCGCACUCCAGGGGACGAGAUCUAUAAAGGCAAGGCCCCAAGACGAAACGCGCGCUUCAGCCCUUUUCUCUGUCCCGGGGAGGUAACCGUAGCAGCGCUAGCCCUACCGUCCCCUUCGUGCCCGCCCCUUCCGCGUGCCUCCGGCCUACCGCCGCUCGCCGGGCCCGAAGAGAGACAUGCUGAGCCGUGUCCUGCUCUGCCUAGCCCUGGCCGUCACGGCCGGGGUCCGCGCUGACGCCCCUGAGGAGGAGGACGACGUCCUGGUCCUGAAGAAGAGCAACUUCGAGGAGGCGCUGGCGACCUACGAGUAUCUCCUGGUGGAGUUUUACGCUCCUUGGUGUGGUCACUGUAAAGCUCUAGCACCUGAGUAUGCUAAGGCAGCUGGAAAAUUGAAGGCUGAAGGUUCUAAAAUCAGAUUGGCCAAAGUAGAUGCCACUGAAGAGUCUGAUCUAGCACAGCAGUAUGGGGUUCGGGGGUACCCCACUAUCAAAUUCUUUAAGAAUGGAGAUACAGCUUCACCUAAAGAGUAUACAGCUGGCAGAGAAGCUGAAGAUAUUGUGAACUGGCUGAAGAAACGCACCAGUCCAGCUGUCACUGUGCUGACAGACAUUGCUGCUGCUGAGUCCUUGGUGGAUUCCAGUGAAGUUGCUGUUAUUGGCUUAUUCAAGAAUCUAGAGUCAGAACUUGUCAAACAGUUCACGUUGGCUGCAGAGUCUAUCGAUGAUAUCCCAUUUGGAAUCUCUUCCAAUACUGAUUUGUACUCCAAAUACCAAUUUGAUAAAGAUGGCAUUAUCCUUUUUAAGAAGUUUGAUGAAGGUCGAAACAACUUCGAAGGAGAGAUUACCAAGGAGAACCUGCUGACUUUUGUUAAUUAUCACCGGCUGCCCUUGGUCAUUGAGUUCACUGAACAGACGGCUCCCAAAAUUUUUGGAGGUGAAAUUAAGACUCAUAUCCUGUUAUUCCUGCCAAAGAGUGUUUCUGACUAUGAUGACAAACUGAAUAACUUCAAAAAAGCAGCAGAAAGCUUCAAAGGCAAGAUCCUAUUUAUCUUCAUUGAUAGUGACCACACUGACAACCAGAGGAUCCUUGAGUUCUUUGGUCUAAAGAAAGAGGAGUGCCCUGCUGUCCGCCUCAUCACUUUGGAAGAGGAGAUGACCAAGUACAAGCCUGAGGCAGAUGAAUUAACGGCAGAAAAAAUAAAAGAAUUCUGUGACCGAUUUUUGGAGGGCAAAGUCAAGCCCCAUUUAAUGAGCCAGGACCUACCUGAUGACUGGGACAAGCAGCCUGUUAAAGUACUGGUUGGGAAGAACUUUGAAGAAGUUGCUUUUGAUGAAAAAAAGAAUGUCUUUGUGGAAUUCUAUGCUCCCUGGUGUGGUCACUGCAAACAGUUGGCUCCCAUUUGGGACAAACUGGGAGAGACUUACAAGGAUCAUGAAAGUAUAGUCAUUGCCAAGAUGGAUUCAACAGCUAAUGAAGUAGAGGCAGUUAAAGUCCAUAGUUUCCCCACAUUAAAGUUCUUCCCUGCAAGUGCUGACAGGACGGUAAUUGAUUACAAUGGAGAGAGAACACUAGAAGGUUUCAAAAAGUUCCUGGAGAGUGGUGGGCUAGAUGGGGCAGGGGAUGAUGAUGAUCUAGAAGACUUGGAAGAAGCUGAAGAGCCAGAUAUGGAAGAAGAUGAUGAUCAAGUAGCCCCGAAAGAUGAAUUGUAAAGAGGAGAACUAAGUUGACAUCCCAAAAACAAGACACUACAUUACGGGCUGCUCCAACCAAGCAGCAAAUGCAUCUGGAAACUUGUAAGAUUCACAACUGAAGGAGAAUGUUGAUUGAAAAUCCAGGGAUUUUUAAAAAAGUAAUAUUCAUUGUAACAUGUAUGUAAAUUCAAAUGUCCUUUCCUUUUUGCUUUUCAAUUUUUGAAAAGUGAGUUAUCUUUAAUAGCCCAGGUCAUUUGGUGAGCCACCUAUUCUUUCAGGGGAAGGGGUGGGGGAUGUGAUGUACUUUUUUUUGUAUAUUUUUUUUUUUUUUGUCACACGUGUUUUUUGGUUUGAAGCGGGUUGUAAAGUUAAAAGCAUGAGUGCUGUUGUCAUUACUAAACCAUUUUAGUGUAUGCCGCACUCAUAAUAUCUCCUAUGAAAGUUCACGUCAUCCCUUUUUAAAAAAAAUCCUGCCUGUAGGGUUUUUAAACACAUUUGAUAAUUCAACAACAUGUCAGGGUGUCAAACAACAGUCAAACAGGACUUUUAGCUAGUCCUCCCUGGAAUGGACCAUUCCUCAGUCUGGGGAGGGGCAACCACUAAGCUAAAAUGCAAGGACUCUCCCCUUCACACCAGUGUUAACCAUGGCUCAAUGUCCUUGUAUUUUGCUUUAAAGACACUUUUUUAAUGCUCUGGAGUUGGGCAGGACUAUGCCAUCAUUUCUUUGUUGUGACAACAAUCAUUGGUGAAGGGGAAGAUAGUUUCUGCCUCCCCUCCUUAGACUAGAUCCAGAUGUAGUACCACCUUCUUCCCUGUUAUGAUACAGGGUUUUGUUCCACAAUUUUCUGGUGCAUUGUUCUGUGAAUGUUGGGUUCUUUUCCAAGUGUACAAAAUGGGUUCCAAGGCCUACUUGAUGUAGUAAACCAGGACACUUAUGAUUAUUGGCAAUUAGGGAGGGCAGUUGUGUGGGGAUGGGCCAAGGAUGUUUGAGCUCAAUCAGACUUGAUAACACUUUAAACAUUUCCACCAUAAUGUUGGAACUGAACACAUUGGCCAAAUAAAGUUGAAAUUUUAAUAUUU